AUGGAGAACUUAAAUCAAACCUUAAUGAACAGGUUCAUCCUUCUUGGUCUCACCAAUAUCCCAUACCUGCAGACUUUAUGUGUUUUAAUUUUCCUGAUAAUCUAUAUCAUCACAUUGUCUGCAAACCUUUUACUUAUCCUUGUGGUGAAAAUGAAUACACAACUACAUACCCCAAUGUACCUUUUCCUGAGCAAUCUCUCCAGUAUUGAUAUCUUCUUCUCCUCCACCAUAGUCCCCAAAAUUAUGGCAAACACUUUAUCUCGGGAUAAAAGUAUUUCACUGUUGGAUUGUGCAACACAGAUGUUCUUCAGUUUAGCUUUAGGAUCAACUGAGUGUAUCAUUCUAGCAGUUAUGGCCUAUGACAGAUAUGCUGCCAUCUAUAAACCGUUACAUUAUAACACAAUAAUGAAUAAGAGAUUUUGCAUAAGAAUGGUUGCUGGGUCAUGGGCAAUGUGCUUUAUAAACUCCGCCAUUCAUGUUUCUCUCACAUUUAAGUUGCCUUUUUGUAAAUCCAACCUUAUCAACCAUUUCUUCUGUGAGAUGCCUCCUUUAUUUAGACUGUCUUGUCAAGACACGCAUCUCAAUGAGGUAGUCAUGUACAUCUCAGCUGCUAUAAUAGGUGUCUGUUCAUUAAUUUUGACUCUUGUUUCAUAUGUUUAUAUCAUUUCGCCUAUACUUAAGAUUCAUUCCACUGCUGGAAGGCAUAAAGCUUUCUCCACGUGUGCUUCUCAUCUAACAGUUGUUUCUAUAUACUAUGGCACUGUCCUAUUGAUGUAUAUGCGGCCUCACUCAGCCUAUUCUCCAGAAGUGGACAAGAUAGUGUCCAUUAUUUACACAACUGUGACGCCAAUGCUGAAUCCUAUUAUCUAUAGUAUAAGGAAUGAGCAUGUUAAAAAUGCAAUUAGAAAAAAUAUGAAUGAACUUUUUCGUGGAUUUAUUAAAAGAAUGUCUUUGGGAUCAUAA